GAUUUUUAAUUGUUGCCUGUACUUUACUUUCAAUACAGGGUCUUCGUGGUUGAGGUAGAAGUACAUUUAGUUGUAAUCUUGUUUAAGAACACAAACGUUAGCAACCUGCUAGCGCUUAAAAAUUGGCAUUUGGCAAGUUAUUACUAACAGCAAACAGGAACUGCCAGUACAACAUCCAGGGGUGGAAGAUGUAUUCAGAAUACUUAAAUCUAAAAUAAAAUUCAACAAGCUACCAUGGCCUCAGGUGGGCCCCCGGUGGUAGGGGCCACCCAUUUGGCCUCCAAGGUGGAGCUGACCAUCUCCUGUGAGAACCUCAUGGACAUGGACGUCUUCUCUAAGUCUGACCCUCUGUGUGCUUUGUACAUCAACACUUCAGGCUCCCACUGGUAUGAGUUCGACCGCACAGAGAUGAUCCUGAACUGUCUGAAUCCAAAGUUUGCCAAGAAGUUUGUUAUUGACUACUAUUUUGAGAUGGUGCAGCGGCUAAAGUUUUGUGUGUAUGAUAUCGACAAUGACACCUAUGACCUGGGUGAUGAUGAUUUCCUGGGGGAGUUUGAAUGUACGCUGGGACAGAUUGUUUCUAGCAGGCAGAUUACUCAGCCUUUGUUGCUGAAGGAUAAGAGACCCGCAGGUCGUGGGACCAUCACAAUCUUCGCUGAAGAAAUAACAGACACCAGAGUGGCAAACUUUGAGGUGUCAGGCCGCAGACUGGAUAAAAAGUAUCUAUGGUGGUCCGACCCUUUCCUGGAGUUCUUCAAGCAGACAGAAACUGGAUGGCAGCUGGCUCAUAGGACAGAGGUGGUAAACAACAACCUCAAUCCAAUAUGGAGACCCUUCCGCAUCUCGUUGCGAUCUCUGUGUGGAGGGGAUGUGGAGAAACCUAUAAAGGUUGACUGUUAUGACCAUCGGGUCAAUGGCUCCCAUGAUCUUAUUGGGAGCUUUAAAGCCACACUCGUGGAGAUGCAAACGGGAACGCACGUUUCUCCGGCUGAAUUUGAGUGCAUUAGCCCAAAAAAGUUAAAGAGGAAAAACUAUAAAAACUCUGGGGUCAUCUGCUUCAAGCACUGCCAGGUGCUGAGGGAGUUUACCUUUCUGGAUUAUAUCUUGGGGGGUUGUCAGCUCAACUUCACUAUUGCCAUUGACUUCACAGGCUCUAACGGGGAUCCCAGCUCUCCCCAGUCCCUGCACUAUAUCAACCCUGAAGGCUAUAAUGAGUACCUGACAGCCAUCUGGGCAGUGGGUAAUGUCAUCCAGGACUAUGACAGUAACAAGAUGUUUCCUGUAUUUGGUUUUGGAGCCCAGAUCCCUCCUUCCUGGCAGGUUUCCCAUGAGUUUCCUGUCAAUUUCAACCCAGCAAAUCCAUUCUGCGUGGGCAUAGAGGGUGUGGUGCAGGCCUACCAGCAGUGUCUGCCUAAGCUGAAACUCUGGGGUCCCACCAACUUCUCUCCGGUUAUCAACCAUGUAGCCUGCUUCGCUAGACAGGCUCUCCGUCAGAAUAUGGCCUCGCAAUACUUUGUGCUGCUCAUCAUCACAGAUGGAGUGAUCACGGACAUGGAUCAGACACGCACUGCUAUUGUCGAGGCCUCUUAUCUACCCAUGUCGAUCAUCAUAGUUGGUGUGGGUGGGGCAGACUUCAGCGCAAUGGAGUUCCUUGACAGUGAUGACAAAUUGCUGCGUUCGCCCAGAGGUGAUGUCGCCUCAAGAGACAUCGUCCAAUUUGUGCCCUUUAGAGAUUUCCAAGGAAACAGCGUGGCCCUUGCCCAGAGUGUCCUGGCAGAGCUGCCUGAUCAAGUGACUACCUUCUUCAAUGCUUACAAGCUGAGGCCUCCUAACGCAUCCAUGGUGUCUGAUCCAUCCUAGAAAGGUGGAUUAAAGGAACCCAAAUACCUCAUAACUGCUGCUUACCUGCCUCUUAUUGUGUUUACUGUAUGGAAUGGCAUGAAUCAGUGCUAAGAAAUUAGUGUCCAUAAAAAUAAUAAUAAAAAAAAACAAACAAUCCCUGAAACCUCAAAUCUGUGAUUGGAUUUUCACUAAUGUUUUAAUGUUGAUUCGAUCAUGAUUUAAAUUUUAUAAACAAAGAGUUGCCAUGACCAAAGAGACAUAAUAGCUUGUAAAAUGCAUGAUAACACCAAGUAAUCACAACAAAAGUAAUCAGAAUAUAUGCUCUCCACUAUAAAUAUAGCAUGUGACAUGUUGGUGUGGUUUUGUUGAUUAAAUGUCAUUAUUUCUGGUCUAUUUCUGCGCUAUAUUAAUGUUUUUUUUUGUCUUUGUCUUUGUCUUUUCCCUUUAUUAUCAUUUCUCUGCUGUUACUUGUGCUAGUGCUAUAACCCAUAAUUUUCAGAGAUGUGUUUCAUGUCUUAAUGUUCUAACAUGUGAAAGCUGUGACCUUAUAUAGUGUGUGUUUUCAGUGUACGGGCAGCGAUCAGGUAGAGGCAUGGGACAGGUUGUGUCAGCAGCAUCACCAUCGCACUGUUGUGACUCUUGACAUUGUAGACACAAGUCCUGGUUGCCUGUACAUGAGAGCAAGGUUGAAUUUGUGUAUAAGAUGAUAUGAUUUUUAAGCAUGAUGUUUAAUAUAGAUUUAAGUUUAAGAUUUGCUCAGUUACUGUGGAUUUUUGGAGCAUGGUGACUGAAUUUGAAGUACUGUGUGUGCAUUUAUAAAAACUGCUGUCAGUAACAGCUUUUUUAUUAUGCAAGAUCAAUGAGAUACACAUCUGCUCCCUCCCACUAUUGUGAGUCAAAUCUCUGUUGCACCAGUACAGUCUGAACAGUAACCACAUAUAUAUUGCUUCUUUUGUGACUGUGGUCUUACUCUGAUGAAGGGAAACACUGUCUCAUCUGGUAGAUGCAAGUCACUUCGAAGUCCAAUAAGAUGUAUUUAGCUUUUUGACAAAAUAUAUUCCACAUUGUAUGGAACUGCCAAUAAAAGUAACACUUUGUACUACCAUU